AUGACUUAUAAAUCAGAAAAUCCGGACUAUUCUGUAACAGAUGCUGUGAGGCUCAAGUGUCCAUUCUGUACCCAUAUGGUGAAGUGGAAAGCGGAUCUAAAGAGUCAUCUUCAUUGUCACACAGGGGAGCAACCCUAUCCACGUGAAGCUUACGGUAAAAGAUUCACCAGACUAGAGCAUCUACAAAGUCAUUUUCAAACAAUUCAUCACGCCUGCAAGCCAAUCUGCAGAAAAUGCAAGCGCCACAUGACUGACUUGACCAGGCAGGUUGUACAAGAAGGCAGGAGAUACAGGUUAUGUAAUGAGUGUUUGACUGAAGCUGGUAUAGAAAGCAUUCCUAUUGACUUGGAGGCUGAAGAAUCAUUUACAUUUGCAUCAGAAGAGGACAAGGGGUCUAGAUGGCACUUUGAUGAAGAUCACAGAGCCACAGGAAUUGUGGAUGACUCUGGCUUAAUCAUCCAGGAAGUUGAAACUGAAGAUGAAACUGAGGAAAAGGAAAUAAAGCAAAGUAUUAGCUAGUUGUGAAUGAACUAAGAUUUAUUAAAUCUCACCUGUACCUUCACUUUUAAGUCUUUGCCAUGUAUGCCAAGUCUGGUUCAUAUAAAAAGGUCUGUUGUUAUGAUUGUGAGGUGGUCUUAUCUGCGUGACUUGUACUCAUCAAGGCGCCAUGAACUGUGGCUCAGGAAAGGAUCCUGAGCCAGAAUGGAAAACAAGCCAGUCAAGAACUACUAGACAGUAUGUUUUUAAUCCUUUUAAAUGAAGGAAAAAUCCAAUUCUUGCAAUUACUUGCUCUCGCGAUUUUGCCAUUUUAAACAACAAUAUGUUCUUUACAAGUUCUAAACAUUGUUACGCUUAUUCAUGUGUUCUCAUUGGAUGUACUUUCCAUUUAACAAAAAAGAACAAGAACUGAUUAACCCCACCAUUGUGCUGCAUUUUUGAUCCAGGUUUAAAAAAACAAAAAAAGAACUGACUAAUUACUCCAUGCUGAAGCAGUCCAGGAAUGAAGUCAGGCAAAUUGUUCUCCAGCCAGGGCCUUAGUAACAUUUUUGUAUUUUGAAGGAAUCUUAAUAUAAAAAAAUGUAUUUUAUUCUCUUGUUUGAGAAAAGUUGGCUACAACUCAUCUAUCAAAAUAAUCUUGCAGAUAAAUGCAUGUCAG